GUCCACGUCAAGUGACACUGAACCCAGGUCAGGCACAGACUUACCCCAGUGGAGGUGUUGGUCCACGUCAAGUGACACUGAACCCUGGUCAGGCUCAAACCUACCCCAGUGGAGGUGUUGGUCCGCGUCAAGUGACACUGAACCCUGGUCAGGCUCAGACCUACCCCAGUGGAGGUGUUGGCCCUCGCAUGGCACCACAUUUUGAAAACAGAGCUGCAGUGGGGUGCGGAUCUUACUACAUCGCUCCAGGUUCUUCCAAGACAUUCCAGUCAAAGAACUACCCCAAUAACUACCCCGGGGGUAAGAAGUGCACCUGGAAAUUCCGCACUUCUACCGACUCCAAGUUGAGCAUCGAGUGUGAUGAUUUCCAGCUGCAACACUCGAAAAACUGCAAAAAGAUUUCUUCCGCGUCACAGAUUCCUCUGGUUUUAAGAAAAAGUACUGCGGUGUCAAGGGUUCUCUGACUGUGUCUGAUAAAUCUAGUAAAGUUACUGUCUUGUUCAAAACAAACAAGAAGAAAUCUAAUACAGGAUUUUCCUGCUCUGUCAGAGCUUCAGUGCCAGACUCCCAAACAACAACUGUAGACCCUGAGCCAACUUCAGAAUGCACUGGAUGUGGACAAGUCAACCGUGCCAACCGCAUUGUUGGUGGAGAAGAGACGGAGGUGAACGAAUAUCCCUGGAUGGUUUUCUCUUGUCGCGGCAGUGGAUACUAUCACUUCUGUGGCGGUUCUAUCAUCUCCAGCCAAUGGGUCGUCACUGCAGCUCAUUGUGCAGUAGGCAUGACCACCUCGGAUUAUGUGCUGGUGGGAGACCACAACCUGUACUCCGCAAGCGAAGCCAAUUCUCAGUGGAUGGAGAUUGCUGAAAUUGUGAAUCAUCCGUCCUAUGAUUCCAACACACUGGACAACGACAUUGCCCUCAUCAGACUCAAGACAGAGAUCCAGUUCCCAUCUGACAACAAAAUCGCCCCUGUCUGCCUUCCAACUGCUGGUGAAAUGUAUGAUAGUGUGGAUGCCACAAUCACAGGAUGGGGAGCUCAACAGGAGGGAGGAUCCACAUCGGGCUUGUUCGAGGUAACAGUGCCCACCAUGACAAACACCGAAUGCAAUACCAAGUACGGAGGACGCAUCACUGACAACAUGAUCUGCGCAGGCAUUCCUGAGGGAGGCAAGGACUCCUGCCAGGGAGACUCUGGUGGACCAAUGGUGGUGGAAGAAAACGGCAAGUGGAAGCUGGUGGGAGUUGUGUCGUGGGGUUAUGGCUGUGCUCGACCUGAUAGGCCCGGAGUCUAUGCCAGAGUUACACAAUAUUUGCAAUGGAUUUCUGACUCACAAACCGGAGUCUGUGUCGAUGGAACACACCUGCUCCUACAAAUGCCCCGACGACUGCCCCUACAACUGCCCCGACGCCUGCCCCUACUACUGCACCCACGCCUGCCCCAACUUCUGAUCCUAAUACUGAUUGCCCUGGAUGGACAAGUCAACCGUGCCAACCGCAUUGUUGGUGGAGUAGAGACGGAGGUGAACGAAUAUCCCUGGAUGGUUUCUCUUGUCGACGGCAGUGGAUACUAUCACUUCUGUGGCGGUUCUAUCAUCUCCAGCCAAUGGGUCGUCACUGCAGCUCACUGUGCAGUUGGCAUGACCACCUCGGAUUAUGUGCUGGUGGGAGACCACAACCUGUACUCCGCAAGCGAAGCCAAUUCUCAGUGGAUGCAGAUUGCUGAAAUUGUGAAUCAUCCGUCCUAUGAUUCCAACACACUGGACAACGACAUUGCCCUCAUCAGACUCAAGACAGAGAUCCAGUUCCCAUCUGACACAAAAUCGCUCCUGUCUGCCUUCCAACUGCUGGUGAAAUGUAUGAUAGUGUGGAUGCCACAAUCACAGGAUGGGGAGCUCAACAGGGGGAGAAUGUCUGCAUUGGCUCAUACAAUACAUUUAACAGGAUCCACAUCGGGCACCUUGUUCGAAGUAACAGUGCCCACCAUGACAAACACCGAAUGCAAUACCAAGUACGGAGGAAGCAUCACUGACAACAUGAUCUGCGCAGGCAUUCCUGAGGGAGGCAAGGACUCCUGCCAGUAUAUGUGA